AUGGCGAGCCCCAAUCAGACAAUGGUGACUGAAUUUGUCCUGGAGGGGUUCUCAGAGCACCCUCAAUUGCGAUUACUCCUGCUUGUUUCUUUCCUGUGCCUCUAUACUGUUGCACUCACAGGUAAUGCUGUGAUCAUUGUUUUGAUCAGCUUCACCAAUGGCCUUCAUAGUCCCAUGUACUUUUUUCUGUGCAAUCUGGCCAGCAUGGAUAUUAUCUGCACCUCCUCUGUGCUGCCCAAGGUGCUAAUUGGCCUAGCAUCUGCAGAAAAUACCAUCUCCUUCCAAGGAUGCAUGGCCCAGGUCUUCUUCCUCAUCUGGUCUCUAUCAUCUGAGCUGCUCCUGCUCACAGUCAUGGCCUAUGACCGCUACAUGGCCAUCUGCUUUCCUCUGCACUACAGCUCUAGGAUGAGCCCUCGCCUGUGUGGAGCCCUGGCCAUGGGUGUGUGGGGCAUCUGUGCCCUGAAUGCUUCUGUCAACACUUGUCUGAUGACACAGUUGUCAUUCUGUGGCCCCAGGGUCAUCACCCAUUUUUUCUGUGAGAUCCCCCAUCUUCUGCUGCUGUCUUGCAGCCCCACGCGAGUGAACAGCAUCAUGACACUCCUGGCUGAUGCCUUCUAUGGAUGCCUUAACUUCCUGCUCACCCUGCUGUCCUAUGGUUGCAUCAUCUCCAGCAUCUUGCGCAUGCGCUCAGCUGAAGGGAGGCGGAAGGCCUUCUCCACCUGCUCCUCUCACCUCCUUGUCGUCUUGAUGUUCUACUCAUCUGUGUUCUGUGCCUACAUCAGCCCUGCCUCCAGUUAUAGCCCAGAGAAAAGCAAACUGUCUGGAGUGCUGUACUCAGCCCUGAGCCCUGCCCUGAAUCCCCUCAUCUACACUUUGAGGAACCAGGAGGUGAAGCAUUCUCUGGGGAGACUCUUGCCCUUCUCCAGACAUCAGGUGUAG